UACGUGUAAAGCUUCUCACACAAGAAGGGCAUAAAAAACACCUUUACUAUUAUCUUCUUUUAAUUUCUUAUCACUAAUGCGUUCUCAAAGGAAAAUUUACUAAUUUCAAUCGAUUACAGUUUAAACAGGUUUUAUGAUUCAGAAAAAAACAUGGAGACGCGUUUUGUCAUUAUUUUGAUACUAGUGAAUUUUAGUACAGCUUUUUGGAAUGGAAAUAAAUGCCCGGAUGCUUUCAGCAUUCUUCCAUGUUCGUGUAAACCUAAUAACGAAGGCAAAUCUAUUAUAACAUGUGAAAGAGUUGAAUGUGGAGAAGAACUUUUAUCUGCUGUGAUAUCUGCAAAAAGAAAAAAAAUCUUUAUGGUACAGCUGAAAGCUGUAAGUUUUAUGUUUUUUCCAAAUGAAUUAUUUAAAGACACUAAAAUAAAGGUAUUAACAAUUCACGAUUCCAGUAUAUUCUCUUUAGGAGAAAGCAAGUCUGCUUUUACAGGUCUUGAAGAUAGCUUGAAAGCACUGGAAGUUUCAAACUGUAGUUUUGUUAAUAACUGGGAAUGGUCAGAACUCAGUAAAAUGAAAAAGCUUAGUUAUUUGAAGAUAUCAAGUUCUGAGCUCUUUGAACUACCCAACCUUAACAUAUCUCACCUGCCUAUUGAAGAUUUAAAUUUCAGAGACAACUUCAUUAGAAAACUACCAUCUCUGGCUUUUAAUAAGUUCACCCAGUUGAAGAGACUUACCUUAGAUAACAAUUAUAUUAGAAGCGUUGAGAGAUCAAUGUUGCCUACUCCAGCCAAAAAUCUCGAAGCCAUCGGUUUAAGCUAUAACAAAAUUAAAAUGCUGUACACAAACACCUUCGAACAACUACCUGCUUUGAAGUAUCUGUACUUGGGAGGAAAUCCUAUAAAGACUUUAAAUGAAGAUGUUUUCAGACCAAUAUGGAGUCAAUUACAAAUGGCGCUUUUCCAAGAUUGUCCUUUGAUCUGUGACUGCCGUAUAGCAUGGAUAACCACAGCAAAACAAGCUAGGGUAGUUUUAAUGAGUGGAAAGUGCAAUUCACCUGAGAACUUUAAAGAAAAAAGAAUCACCCAACUACUUCCAGCGCACUUUCAAUCUUGUCUGUAAAAAGAAUUAAAAAAAUUCAGGAUUUAAUGAUAGAGACUGUUAUGAUUUCCACUAUUUUGAACUUCUAAAAUAACCGGAAAAUAAACUUUGUGUCUUUCACUAAAA